CGUGAAAAUAACAACUACAACGCGAAAGGAAUGCAGUCCCCUUGGAGGCACUUGUCAAAAAGUAAUAAUAUUCGCCAGUUUAAUGGCAGCUUACAUUUAGAAAAGUAAUCCUGUCAGUGUCACUCACCACGAAAGUACUGCCGCCGACAAAAACGAGUUCUCUUUCCCGCAAUCAUCAGCUAAAUCUCGUUCUUCAGAUUUUUCUCCUUCAUCCCAAAAUGAAAAUGACUCGACCUCUGUUGUUCUGGACGAUUGCCAUAAUCUUCGCAGGCAGUGAUUUAGAUUUUCUCCUGUUGCCCCUAUCGGGAACUACGACCACAUCAUGCGGUGGACCAACAUGGUCCACAUCAAAUGUAGAAGAAGUAGAUCAGAAACUGAUUCUUACUUCCGCUUCCGGCGGCGCAAAAAGUAGUGCACCAAGUCGAAGAUUUUUUACGGCACACGCGGUUCUGGUGCAGCAGCAGAGAACAACAACUAGGAAAAAUUCGGAGGAAGUUCGCGUGGAACAACCACCAGGGCGUGGGACGAUAGUAUUAUCCGCGGAGAACAAUUAUAGCACACCACCACCAGCACCAGCAGCUCUAAGACUAAGGGAACAAAUUAUACCCACAGGAGUAAGAACUUCUGCUCUCCAGAAGGCGCGCGGCGGAAGUUCGUUGCUAGGGUCGAAAGUAGACAACCGAGCAGAGAAUAAAGUGCCGCUUUUGACGACGCGAAAGCAAGUACAACAACUUCUACAGGGUGCGACUUCUCCUUCCGAGCCGUGGUCCAUUGCCUCACCGCUUCUUGUGGGCAGAAAAUCAAAAGGCCGCUCGUUUCUCGUUUCCGGAAGUAGUAGGAGAGCAGGCACACAGAAGAGUAGAUCUUCCAGAAAUGGUACGAAAAAUGGCACGAGUGCUGGAAUAUUAAAUGGUACUGGUACUGAAGCAGGAACUACUGAUUCGAUGACUUUUACGAGUACCACAUCCGCAACUUCUGAAGAAGCGGACCUCCACACCACUUCCGACCUCCGUCUUAUCGUGAUGAUUCUCUGCGUAUGAACUGCAAAUCUGUCUGGGUCUGGGAGAUUGCGAGAUUUGUCAUGCUCGUCUGGCAUGACUCUAAACUCUGUAUUGCGUGCCCGCGAAGCGGUCCUCUUGUGUGUCAUGCAAAAAAGCAGUUUCUCAUGCGGAGUACGUAACUCUGAACCACGGAAAAACUUGUCAUGCUGGGGAGCACAUUACAGUGUGCUCAAUAUUCCCUUCCUUGUAUCACAAGUUUCCAGACCCAGACAUUUUUGCAGUGGAUACUGCGGCUUUCUCGGCGUGGCCUGCCUGGCCACCGCGGGGUUUUUGACCGUGGGACGGCAGGCGGGCGGUGGGGACGACGACGCGCUUGACAGUGAAGAGGACUGCGAUCAUAUUACAAUGAAAAAUGCCCCCACCCCCGAACUUGGGAGCAUUUGUAUUGCAAACCUUUCCAAAUGAAACAUGCGCCCUCCUGCAUCUAUCAGCAUCACAGAUUUCCGAUCAUGAAUAGGAAAAAUCUGUAUUGCAAAAGAUCCCAGCAUCAAGAGCGGCACUUGUCAUGCAAGCGAUGCGACACACACACACACGCCUAGAAUCUGCAUCGAUCGGAAAGGUUCAUACUCCUUUCAUGCAUGACAAAAAGUUUUCACUUGGAAACUUUGCAUCACAAACUUUUGCAACUUUGGGGCUGGGGGAAUUUUUCCUCGUGAUAGAUCAUCUUCCGGGGGUCGUGAAGUUCACAGGCUACGAGGUGUCGGAAAAUGCCACGAGCGACAGCAGCACUGGUUCAACACCUGGGAAGAUGUUGUUGCACAUGCAACAGCUGCCACUUCAAGCCAAAAACGGUAGGCCUGAUCUUGCCCAUGGGAGGAACUACAAAGGCGGUGGAAACAACAAGUGGGGCGGGAAAAACGGUACAGCGGCACCGGGUUUUACGUUCCUCAAUACUGCUGCAUCGAGGAACAAAGGCACGGUUGCAGCUGCAGGAGAACGAGAAGCCUCGUACACGAGUAGUACGACCGGGGCGGGAGUUUCCGAGCCCGCGCGCCAAAAAUAUCCGGACGAGAAAAAUAUAAGCGAAGAAGCUGUUGCAGUUGUGGCCGGGGCUUCAUCUUCGAUGCAUUUCGGCACUUCUGCCGAUAGGGAUAGUGCGCUGUAUCGCCACAGCGACGACCUCCAGUACCCCCGCGCCGGUGAAAGAACCACGACCAGUAGGACAACUGCAUUUUCAACACAGGAGCUGCAACCGAGUUUCGUGUCGGGCGGGAUCAACAUCGCGGGGGCAGAGCAGGAAGCAAGCUCUAGGAAAAAAUCAGUAUUUGGAAAAAUAGCUGGUACUGCUGCGCAACAAAAUUCUCUAAGCUUAGGAAGAAUAUCGAUGCAGCAGUUCCUGGGAGAAGAAGAUCUUUCGACGACGUCUCCGCCGUGGACGGGAGGGCUCCCAGAAGCUGUUGUGCAACAGUCUCCUUCAUCUGCUACCAGCCGUCGGCACCAAAGGGCCUCGUCGCGAGGACAGGCGCGGAGAAGUACUAGCGCUGGUGGGCGGAGAACUGCAUCCUCCAGGGCUUCCUCCAGACGAGGAACCAGAGCAGUAGCCGCGAGUCAAGGUGGAGAACAUCAUAACUCGGGGGUGGUUCUUCCCGAACAAGAUAAAGCACAGCUCUCUCCUGCGGUUAGACCUGCUGACACAGGUCGUGGUCGAGAAGAUCGUCCUGGGGGCGGUAGCGAUAGUGAAGGUGCAGGAGAGCAGCAGACGAGAACAGACAGAACAGACAUAAGCAGUGGUCGAUCACAAAGUAGCAGUGGUCUGCGCAGACACGGUGCCGCGCGAAGUAAGGCGAUGCUGCGGAAGCAGACGAAGACCGAGAAGAGGGUGUCGCAGGCUCUGCGGAGGAAGCAACUGCAUGGAGCAAUCGGUGAUAGAGAUAAAGAUCAUGGCGAAUAUUUACUAUCUCAAGAUCAAUAAGACCUGGUGUGUCGCUACAAGAACGACAAUUUGAAUUCUCUUUUGUCCUGAUUGAGUCAGGCUUUCGAAAUAAAAGCGCC